AUGGUUUUUAUUAUAUCUUUGUUGUCGGCAAUUUCUGCAGUAACUUCAUUUCCACACAUCUACAAUCCAUACUACAACUACAGAUACAAUGAUCCGUACUACAACUCCUUAGGGAAUUACGCAAAUAAUGUUCCAAACUAUUCACCUUACGUACCUUUUUACAACCCCUUGUUCGGCCAAAGAUACCAGCACCCAUCAUAUCCUCAACAAUCGUUAUACCAACCACCAACAGCAUUUUCUCAUCAUGCAUCACCGCCCCAGCAACCAUUCCCUGAUGUAUUACCAACUGUUAACAUACUAGCCGAAGUUCCCUACUCGAUUUCCAAUAAGUUUACAGUGGUACCAAUGUUGGUGGUAUCUCAGAACAACAUGAAAAUGGUGGAGAAUGGCGAAAUAAUGAGCGUUUCGAAAACGAAACCGAUAAUGACAAUCAAAGGAGAGAAAAACGAAUUGAAACAAGCCACCCCAGCUGUAAGAAUUGUUCUAGAUGUACCAAUAUUGGUAUACAGCCUUAAAACAAGCAUCCUAUUCCCUGCAGAGAUAAAUAUCGUCCACGACACUUACAGCAUUCCCAUCAGGAUUGGUGCAGUUGUGGCCCCUGUUAAUCAAGACACCUUUGUGUCAUUCGAAACUCCCAUUAAAGUUACUGAGGUUUAUGGCAUCCCCACCAAACCAGUGACGAUUGAUUACGUUAAUAACGAUGACGCUGUUUUUGUUCCGGAGAUCGAUGCUGUGGUAGUGGAAAGUCCGGAAGGUGGUUUCGAUAAUCAACCACCGAAAAAUGUCACUGUUCUUGAGUUUCCGGACAAGGAGGCCGAACCAUCGCUUUCAGUAGAUGAGGAGGAUGAUGAAUUAGGUUGUCAAAUCCUAUUCUAUGACCAUAAUCGAUUUCUUUGUCCAACCAAAUCUAGCAUGGACCAAGUGCUCUUUGAACCUUACUUGGAUACUGAAGCAAGCAGCUACGGUCCACGAUUUAGUAACCUGUGUCCGUUUUCGGUUCAGUCAACCAUAGCUUAUAAAUAA